GCCCGCCCCUGCCGAGCGCUGUGUCCGGCUCGCGCCGCCGGCGAGUCGCUUGGGCCGCGGGACGCAGCUCGGGCGCCCUUGAGGAGUUUGGCUUUGACCUCCGCCCGCAUUGCAGCUCUGCCCCUGGCCCUGCCUAGCCGGAGCGGCUACCGCCGUGUCUACACUACACCGGCGCCGUUACGGCAGGGCAGAGUGACACCGCAGUAACGGUUCUUACGCCAGCCGAGCUCGGGCCUGCCCGGGACGUGGAGUAAACUCUGCAGCCGCACGAAGGGUUGGACCAAUGCUAGUACUGUGAUAGCGGUUGGUCUGACAAUAGCUGCUGCUGGAUUUGCAGGUCGUUAUGCAUUACAAGCUAUGAAGCAAAUGGAACCACAAGUAAAACAAGCCCUUCAGAAUCUGCCAAAAUCUGCCUUCAGUGGUUAUUACAGAGGUGGAUUUGAUCCCAAAAUGACCAAACGAGAAGCAGCUUUAAUAUUAGGAGUGAGUCCUACAGCCAAUAAAGGUAAAAUUAGGGAGGCUCACAGACGGAUCAUGCUUUUGAAUCAUCCAGAUAAAGGUGGUUCUCCCUAUGUGGCAGCCAAAAUCAAUGAAGCUAAAGAUUUACUGGAAGGCCAAGCUAAGAAGUGAAUCUGGAUAUUUAGUUGUAAAUUAAUGGUUUAGUUUAUGUAUAUGAAUAUCAGUUUUGAUAACUGACCCAAGGAAAAGUUGACACCAAUCUUUUUUACUUGAUCAAUGAUUAAACUAAUGCAGGGAACCCUCUCCCCCCCCCCCCCCAUCUUGGUUGCAUCAUGUAUAUCUUGUUUUGGGGAGGGUGGGGGCUUACAAAUAGUACUUUUCCAAAAGUGAUUCUAAGCUACUAUCUCUAGAAGUGGUACAAUUUACCUCUAAUUCAAAGUAUUUUUCCUAGGAUGACAUGGGAAAUACUGUGAUUUGGUCUGGCUAAUCUAUAUUCAGACAAACAGCCUGACAGUCUUGAGCACUCUGAAAAUAUUGAAGUUCUGUUUAACCAGGUACAUCUGUUUGAAAUUCAUGCUGCUAUGGCUUAAUAUCCCAAAGUUAGCAAGAUGAUACUAAUAAGAGAAAAGGCUGGGUUGAAACUACCCAAGGAAAAUCAUGGGGAUUUAUUUGCACAAUAGGAAUAAAGCAUUUAGAAAUUCUUAGUUACAUUAAUGCGACAUGUAAAAUGGAGAAAGUGGAAUGUACUGAAUUCUCUUGUAAGAUAACUUGUAUUAACUUUCAAAAACAAGUUGGACAUAGUCAGUGCUAUUGAUUGGUCUCCAUGUAUUUUUUUACUUAUUUCUACACUGGUUUUCAUUAUUUUUACUGAUUCCACUGCAUUUAAAUAAAAUGACAAACUUA